AUGAUGUCAUCCGCGGGAUUCCUGGUUUUAUUCUUAGUGCUAUUAGUGACGUGUUCGGAAGCGGAACCCGCCACCGAGUUCGCGGAAGCAUCGGACGGCGGCACGGCUCAACUUCCGUGCAACCUGAUACCCGCCCAUGCCUCGGACAAAGUCAGUGUCGUGCUGUGGUACAAAGGGGGGGACGAGGGGCCCAUGUACAAGUACGAUCUGAGGGGCACGCAUCCCCAACACUGGGCCGAUCCCGCAUACGGUAACAGGUACUUUUUGAGGGUGCUGGACGAGCAGAAGGCAGUGCUCACCAUUUCGCCCACCAAACAGACGGACGAGGCCACGUUUCAUUGCAGGGUCGAUUUUCAACAGUCGCCAACCAAAAUUACGCACGUCAACUUGACUAUUAUAGCUCAUAUACUUAGAUAUUUAAGAGAAUGGUUUGAUAUAUGUGCCUUUCCUGUCACGGAAUUUUCCAAUCCAAGCUUGAAGGAUAAUUAA